GAUUAAUUUACACAAACAAAAAGGGUAUAAAAGACAUUUGUAAAAGCGAAGUAGAUGUAAACCGUUGUUUAACUAUCAGAAAUGGAGUGUUCGAAAAGUAUUAUUUGUUUCAUCGCCGUCAUACUCGGAGUGUCCAGCUAUGCUUCUGCAAAAGCGCCUGACGCUGGCAGUGUAUUUAGCUCAGGAAAUGAUUUAAAGACAGAAGAACUUGAAAGAGGGGGCUGGCAAAUGGUGUUCCGAGCAACGUCUGGUAACGGCGACAGUGUGUACGACGCAUGGACGAAAGGUACAAAAACCAAUCAAGACAAACCUUUCUCCAUGAAACGAUCUCAUGGAUUACAUUACCGCAGCAGCAUUGUAUCCAGAUGGUCAGAUGUUGGCGUCGAAUUCGUCAAGUUUGCAUUUUACGAUGAAGAUAGGGAAGUCGCUCACGUAAUUUUCAAUGGCAAAGGCAGCGAUAUCAACAACUGGUUUGACAAAACACGUGUCCUGUCAUCUAGCUGGCCCGAUCUAACUUCCAAACAUACCUACAAUUACUUUUCAAUCGCUGGCCAUUACAUACCGGCGCGCCACGAUCGCCGUUUUUUCAUCAACAAAUCAUAUGCCGGCUGCCCGAAAGAUCUCGGUCACAUGGUUGUUAUUAAUUCUGCUACCCCUGCUGUAUGUCUAUGGGAUAGUCAUGCAACCUAUCCACAGUUCCUUUAUUCAAAAAUCAACUCUAUUGAUCUUUGGGACAGGCGAAUGUUUGGAACAGCCGAUUAUAUGGCGAUCUUUAUCAAAACAAAAGUGUAAAUACAUAGAAAGUCUUUGUGUAUCAUUAAGCAUAUAUUCGUAAUAUUUCCAAAGGAGCAAAGUGAUUUAACUGUUACAUUUUUUCCAGGCGCUGCUACGUAAACUGCUGGUAAUCCAUAAAAAUAUUGAUGCUCUGAAUGAUUUGAACAAUGAUAUUAAUGCUUAUACAUUUGAACAAUGAUAUUAAUGCUAAUACAUUUGAACAUGAUGUAUCGAUAUACCUUUGCUGAUACAUUUGAACAAUAAUUUUAAUGCUAAUACAUUUGAACAAAGAUAUUAAUACUAAUGCAAUUGAACAAUAAUGAAUCGAUGUUGACACAUUUGAACAAUAAUUUUAAUGCUGAUAUAUAUGAAGAGCGAUAUUAAUGCUAAUAUAUCUGAACAAUUAUAUUAAUGAUUAAACAUUUGAACAAGGCUAUUAAUGAUAAUACAUUUGAACAAUAAUAUUAAUACUAAUACAUUUUAACAGUUGUAUUAAUGCAUUUUGCAAAAUAAGUAUCUUAUUUUUUAUAUUUUCUGUAUUAUAUGAAUUAUUGCUUUUAAGUCAUGUUUGAAAAAAAAAUGUUUUUGUGAGAAAUAAACACUUAUAACACCAAAACAA